AUGCCAUGGUGGACCGUGCCUGAAAACUUUUCUGCCCCAAUGGUAGUGCUCAUUGAAGAGGACCAGGAGGAGCACAUCUUUGGCCCAGCUGACAAGUACCUUCGCUGCAUUGAGGAGCACAGCCACACCCUCAUUCAGUUGGAGGGGUGGUUCACAGCCACAGGCCAGACUCGAGUCACUGUGGUCGGACCACCUAGGGCAAGGCAGUGGCUGCUAGACAUGAUCUGGAGCAUGGGGAGCCAGGACUCCUACCGUCAGGUCCGAGGCCUUGAGAUGUUGCAGCGAGUCCGGAGAAAGCCCCUCACCAAGGAAGACCUGGCCACCUCUAGCAACGUGCAGCCCGACACUGGAGACCUAUCUUUGGCCUCCAGAAUGGGUGGGACCAUCUCUCUUAUUGUUCCUCAGGCUCUUCCUUCCCCAUUGGUUGGCUGUUUCUGA